CAAGCAAGGUAUUAAAAAUAUGAAAAAACCUGAAGGAAUUCAUAUCAGAUCGUGUAAACAUGUAACAGAUUCAUAGCUAGAAACUCAACAACAAUAUUCAAGAACAUGAUCUUCCUCUAUUGCUCUUUCAAGGAAACUAGCAAUUCAACCGACCAUCUUCACAAGAAAAAACAGUAAGAGACCAAAAUAUUAUGAGCCGGAUUAUUCAAUAUCACCUUCUUCAUCAUCAUCUGCACGGUUGUGCUCACCUUAACUGCAAACCUGUACUGGGGCCAUAAUGAUGAUGAUCUGAGCUGCACCGAAAUUCAAUAAGCGGCAGAGGAAAAAGGGAUUGCAGAUAAGUCUCUUAUUGGCUUUUUUAUACUAGAAGUCUUCCGCUGAGAUAAUAAAAAUUGUCGAUAUAAAACAGUAUGGCCAGCCAUGUUCUGUUUUUGUCCUGUUUUUUAAUUAACAUAUGUUAUCCUGCUGACUGUUAAUGCCUGUAAGCAAGCUACACGUCAAGAAGAUAGCCAUACGUACAAGGCAUUAUGGAAAAUAAUAAUUAAUAUUUCGAAGUUUCUUGGUGCUAUAUGAAUAAACAUAUAAUUUUCAUAUUUAAUUAUUUUUUGGCUAAAAAAUUGGCCAUACAGAAGUGUUAUGGCUGAACUGAAGUGAAGGAAACAACCGUUUGCACGUGCAGAUACAGAAGAAGUUGAGGUGAGUUGAAUUCAAGAGGACAACCUUCAGAAUUUGUUUCUUUCUCGUGUUCCUGUGAUAACGGAUAAAGCCACGUGAAUAAUAAUAAUGUUGAGUUAUGGCUUUCGUAUUUCACUCCGUAUACGGGAGGCUAAUUGUCGUCAAAAUCAAGGGUUAGGGUUUUGUACUUCCAAAUUCUUUCAACUCACCUCUUUUAUGGUGAGACCUCUUUCUGUCGCUAUUAUUGGAGAAAAUUAUAAUCAGAGAUUGCGGCGGAGAUUGGUUUCUUCUUCGAGCCUUCAAAGCAAACCCCCUGGUGGAUUGCCUCUUCUGUCUGAAUGUUUCAGCCGACGAGAAGAUAAAUGUGAGCUUCAUGCUGAAGGAUCAUGCCCCAUGGCAGGAGGGGUAGUAGCAUUGGGCAAGUUUGAUGCCCUUCACAUUGGUCACCGAGAACUUGCAAUUCAAGCAUCAAAAGUUGGAACUCCAUUUCUAUUGUCAUUUGUAGGAAUGGCAGAAGUAUUUGGUUGGGAGUCUAGGCCCCCUAUAGUUGCCAAAUGUGAUCGGAAGCGAGUCCUUUCAUCUUGGGCCACAUACUGUGGAGGUGUAGCUCCAGUGGAGUUCCAGAUAGAAUUUUCAAGUGUUCGACAUCUUUCUCCCCGGCAGUUUGUUGAGAAGUUAUCAAAGGAUUAUGGAGUACAUGGAGUUGUGGCAGGAGAAAACUACCGGUUUGGAUACAAAGCUGCUGGUGAUGCAUCAGAAUUGUUGAGAUUGUGUCAGGAGUAUGGCAUGGAUGCUCACAUUAUCAAUUCUGUAAUGGACAAGAAUCAAAAUUCCAGAGAUAUAGACUCCAGGGAUGUUAAAGAGAGAGGACAGGUUUCAUCUACCCGUGUUCGCCACGCUCUAGCAAUCGGCGACAUGAAAUAUGUGUCUGAGCUUCUUGGUCGUCCACAUCGACUUAUAUCGCUGGUGAAUGAUCAGAAAGAGUUAACUAGUAGUAGCGAUAAAUACAUGUCAUUUCCAAAGUCUUGUUUAUUGAAUCUUCCACCAAAGGAAGGUUUUUAUGAGAAGUGUAGUGUUUUAUUAAGUGAUGAGAAGCCAGUAAGAUGUAGAAUAUUCAUUAACUCUACACAUAUCCAUGUAGAAAUGGAUGAGGCAGGUGUUUGUAGUUUUGAUAAUUCUGAAGACUUAGGGCUGUUGUUGGGCAUCGAAUUUAGUGAGUCAGAAUGUUAAUUUUGAAGCACCUUCCUAAUUUAUACGUAUAUGGACUAUCUUUUGUGU